CUCUCUCUCUCUCUUUCUCCCUCUGCGCCUGUGAACUUUUUUAUUUUUAUUCAUAUUUUCUUUAGAAGUAUUCCUCGCCCCAUCGAGUCGCCGCUCAUCUCACACACACAUCAAACGCGACCGGCCGACUCGAGCCUGAGAGGGGCACAUGCAGGACGGGGAGAAGCGCCAUGCCGCAGCUGCUCAACACGCUGGCGAGCGAGGCGCAGGUCCGCGAGACACCCUCGAGGCGCGAUGGCAUCCCCGCCGAGUUUGAGGAUGAGCUGCGCGUCUAUGGCUGUCAGCUCAUCCAGCAGGCCGGCAUCCUCCUGUCCCUGCCACAGGUGACCAUGGCCACGGCUCAGGUCCUCUUCCAGCGCUUCUGGUACGUCUCGUCGAUGAAGAGCUUCUCCAUCAAGGACAUCGGCAUGGGCGCCCUCUUUCUCUCGUCGAAGCUCGAGGAGUCGCCGGUGCGGCUGCGCGACCUCAUCAACGUCUACGACUUUCUCAUCCAGCGCGGCUUGCACUUUUCCAAGCACAAUCCCAGCCCUCGAGCCAAGCAGCUGCCUCGCCAGUCGUCCAAGAUGAGCAGCAGCAGCAGCAGCAGCUCCAGCCCUGUCCCGCCAUUCCACUACGAGCCGGAGCAGUACUUUUCGUCGUCGUUCUACGACUACAAGGACGCCCUCGUGAUUGCCGAGAUGCAGAUCCUCAAGCGCCUCGGCUUCCAGGUCCAGGUCAACCUGCCCUAUGCCACGAUGGUCAACUACCUACAGACGCUGGGCCUCGCUGAUGCCGAGCGACACCCGGGCGUGGCCCAGCGCGCGUGGGGCAUUCUCAACGAUGCCCUCCAGACGCCCGUCUACGCCCUCUUUGCGCCCCAUGUCCUCGCUGCGGCCUCCAUCUACCUUGUCAUGCACACCAUGAAGCCCCAGCCCGCGGUGCUGCCCCUCGAGCCCAAGCCGUGGUGGGAGCUGUUUGACGUGACGCGCGAGGAGCUCCGCAUCGUCUGCGCCCACGUCCUCCGCCUCUACGAUGCCCGCUCCGGCCUCGCGGCAGCAGUGAGGGACGAGUGGGGCGGCCUGGCCGACUUUUGCGAGAGGGCAGCCGUGCGCGAGUGGAUCGCCGCCCAGUCCUCUUCGUCGCAGCAGCAGCAGACGGCCUAGUAAUCCACCCAUCCUUGGCAGAUGUGACAGAUCUCCAGCCUGUAUUAUACAUAGUAAUUGUCAUUGUCGAUGCA